GGACGGGGACGGGACAUGGAGGUCGGGGCUGGACGGGCAGCAGCAGGUUGCUGGAGCCGACUACUCCUCGCCCUGCUCGCCUUCACCUCUGCCACCUCCGCCACCUUCAGCCAACCCUCCGACUCGGAGUUCACCUUCGUCUUGCCGCCGGGCAGGGAAGAAUGUUUCUACCAGAGCGCGGACCACAACAACAGCAUGGAGUUGGAGUAUCAGGUGAUUGGAGGUGCAGGCAUGGACGUCAAUUUCAAUGUGUUUGGACCAAAUGGUGGAAACCUGAUCUCAGAAUCCAGAAGGUCCGAUGGUGUCCAUACAAUUGAGCCUACAAUGAAUGGGGAUUACAAAAUCUGCUUUGAUAAUUCCUUCAGCACCAUUUCUGAGAAGCUCAUCUUCUUUGAGGUGAUUUUUGAUGAUGCUCAGGAGGACUGGUCAGAGAUUGUGCAACCCGAGGAGCUGCUGGAUAUUAAGAUUGAUGAUAUCAAGGAGGCGAUCGGGAACAUGAACCACAAGCUGAGCAAGAGCGUGCAGAUCCAGGCUAUUCUCCGAGCCUAUGAGGCCCGGGACCGCAAUCUACUGGAGGGAAAUUUGGGGCGAGUGAAUUUUUGGUCUGCAUUCAAUCUUGCCGUGAUGUUGGUGGUGUCAUUUGUCCAGGUCUAUAUGUUGAAAAGUCUCUUUGAUGAUCGGAGGAAAGUUCAAACUUAACUUAAGAAAAUGUAAAAAGUAGAGGUGUCUGGAAACUGGCAGUGGCCGACUGGUCACAGGCUAUUCCUGGGUUUGGGGUAGGCAUGCUGGAUUUUUGGGGUUAGUUGGGAUUUUGGAGGAGGUUGAGAUUGAAGUGAAUUGUAUCGAAAGUGCUGCACAAUGAUACUUUAACAGAAUACUCCCAUGAAAGUAUAUUGAUAUCUGCAUGUUUGUUAUUGUUAAAUAACUGGAAGUUCGUCCCAUUUGAAAUGCGGAGUGGCAUUAAAUAAAGAGUCAAUUUAUGGAA